AGAGAUUGGUGAAAGUGUGAGAGGAGAAGAUGUCUAUAUCAUUCAGAGUGGAUGUGGAGAAAUAAAUGACAACUUAAUGGAACUGCUCAUCAUGAUCAAUGCUUGCAAGAUUGCAUCAUCCUCCAGAGUGACUGCUGUAAUUCCAUGUUUUCCAUAUGCCAGGCAAGAUAAGAAAGACAAGAAGGGGUCCGUGGAGCGUUGGAGUCGUGCUCCAAUCUCUGCAAAACUUGUUGCCAACAUGCUGUCAGUUGCAGGGGCUGACCACAUCAUCACCAUGGACUUGCACGCUUCUCAGAUCCAGGGUUUCUUUGACAUUCCAGUAGAUAACCUGUAUGCAGAACCUGCAGUGCUGCAGUGGAUUAAAGAGAACAUUUUGGAGUGGAGAAACUGUAUCAUAGUCUCACCUGAUGCAGGUGGUGCAAAAAGGGUCACUUCAAUUGCUGACAGACUGAAUGUGGAAUUUGCUCUCAUUCAUAAGGAAAGAAAGAAGGCAAAUGAAGUGGACAGAAUGGUCUUGGUUGGUGAUGUGAAAGACAGAGUAGCAAUUCUUGUCGAUGAUAUGGCUGACACUUGUGGCACGAUAUGUCAUGCAGCAGACAAGUUAGUAUCUGCUGGAGCUACUAAAGUUUAUGCCAUUCUUACUCAUGGCAUCUUCUCUGGUCCUGCUAUUUCUCGGAUUAAUAAUGCAUCAUUUGAGGCUGUAGUGGUCACUAAUACAAUCCCCCAAGAAGAGAAAAUGAAACACUGCCCAAAAAUUCAGUUUAUUGACAUUUCCAUGAUCCUGGCUGAGGCGAUUCGAAGAACACACAAUGGUGAAUCUGUGUCUUACCUCUUCAGUCACGUCCCCUUGUAACUGCAGGGGGUGACAUUGCAUCUGUGCAAAGGUCCCUUCAGCCAGUACUGUUUUUAUCAAUGCAUCUCAACCACAAGAAAUUAGUAUCUUUGUACAAUUCCAGAGCUUGUAUGUUUAAUUAAUAUAUUUGUCUUGUAAUUACUGUUUUUUUCUGUGUAAAUGGGCAAUAAAUCUCCAUCUUGCAGAAA